UCAGUCUCGCCUCGGCGUUCGAGGAGAUUGUACACGUUAAGUUUCUCCCCGCGAUCGGGCCCCCAUUCUCUCUCGCUCGUCAGUCAGCCAGCCAGCCAGUCAGGCCUCGUCGCGGAAGCUUUGACGUACGCGCGAUUGACGGUAUCGGAAUCGAUUCGCGAUCGCCCAGGCGCUCAUCGCCGGACGGAUUAAAGAGACGUCCCGACGGAGGGAAGGACUGCGCGCGCGCCCGCGCGCGUGUGUGCCUUCGGCUGACUAAAUCGCCGGUCGUUCACCCGGUGUGCGCGACUACGAAUAUUCUUACGCAACGACUCGAUCGGGGAGAGAUCCGAGGCGCGAAGGAGCGAGCGGCGUGUGUGUACACGCGCGCUUACUCGCGGAGGAAAGUUUCUCCCGGGCUCCAAGGGGAGAGGAUUCAUUUUCCCUCGCUGGGAAAGUCGGAGCGCGGCUCGCCAAGCCGGAGCGGAGCGACCAGAAAGGAGUGCAAAAAAAAAACAAAACAAAGCAAAACAAAAAACGUCAACACGUGCGAACAUCCCGCGAAGGGAUCCGUAAAUCCGCGACCGCGGUGCGUCUCGCGGAGGAUGCGCGCCGCCGUCCUCAAGUAGGACCCUCGCGCGUGUCAAGUCGGACCCUCCUCCCCGCGGGGGUCCUCCACCCGGAGCGUGUGGUCACGGAUGUGACGCCCGCCGUUGUCGUCGUCGAUCGACCACUUUGAGCUCUGCUAUGCGCCCCGGGCUACGAUUACUUAUGAGAGGAUGAGCUGCUCGGUGAAGAUCUCUUGCGGCAAGAGCUGGGGCGGCUCGCAGCGCCGAAUCGGCUCCCUCGCGGAGGAGGCGAGCGCGUGCCCUGGGCCCGCGGCGGCGGUCAACUGCGCCGGCCUACAGGCGGUCCAGCCGAGCGCGACGUCGACGUCGAGCUCGACGAGCACGACCAACACCACCGCCACCGUCACCGUAGCCUUCAACAACCCCGUCGUCAUCACCACCAGUACCAGCACCACCGCCGCCGCCACCGCCGCCGUCACCACCACCACCAGCGUCAACGUCAUCGCGGCCGGUAAUCAGAGGGUGGUCCCACCACGCCCCGUCAAGUCGAUCGCCGCGAAGAAAGGGGAAGACACCACGAAGCUACUGAAGUACAUCGACGAUAACGUCAUUGGCAAGAACGGCACGUUCUUCGGACCAUUCGGUCGCAGGAAAGUGGUUUAUUGCGACUACACCGCCUCGGGAAGGUCGCUACAGUUCCUCGAAGAUUACAUCGCCAAGGAGGUGCUGCCAUGUUUGGGCGACACUCGGGCAUCCACGUCCAUCUGCAGUCUACAAUCCUCUCUUUUUAGGCAUGAGGCCAGAGACAUCGUCAGACACGCGGUCGGGGCUAGCGAGCAGGAUGCAGUCCUGUUCACCGGUCAAGGCACCGCCGCUGCCCUUCGCACACUUUUACGGCACCUCGAUCUCUCCAAGUCCACCGUGGUCUUCGUGGGCCCGUUCGAGCAUCACGCCAACCUGAGGCCUUGGCGCGAGCUCGAUGUCAAGAUAGUACGAGUUUCCGAGACCCGGGAGGGCUUCUUGGAUCUGAAUGAUCUCGAACGCGGACUCGCAAGAAUGCGAAGCGAGGGCGUUGCGCAAAUGAUCGGAUGCUUCAGCGCUGCCAGUUGCAUAACGGGGGUUUUGGCAGAUGACGUCGCGACGACCCUCCUGCUGCAUCAAUACGGCGCGCUUAGCGUGUGGGAUUACACCACCGCAGCGCCGUACGUCCAGAUCGACAUGAAUCCGCACCUGCCCGGGGUCGGCGAGACCGCGGUGCACAAAGACGCGAUCAUCUUCGCGGGCCACAAAUUCAUCGGCGGCGUGCAGUCGCCCGGUAUACUGGUGACGAAACGGUGGCUCCUGCGGGAGGACGUCGAGGCGGAGGACAUGAGGGACUCCCAUCGCUAUCACCGCGAUCCCGAGCUGCGCGGCGAGAGCGGGACCGCCGGCGUGGUCGAGAGCAUCCGAUGCGGACUGGCGGUCCAGCUGAAGGAGAACGUCACGCCGAGGGCAAUUGUCGCGCGGCAGGACAAGAUCUCUCGGCAAGUCUUGGCCCACGUGCGCACCAUUCCGGAAUUGAUCCUGCUCGGCAGCUCCUCGCAGAACGUGAAGCGACUGCCCAUCUUCUCGUUUAUGGUGCGCCAUCCUCGCGGCACGUUCCUCCAUCAUAACUUUGUUUGCGCCGUGCUGAACGACGUCUUUGGUAUCCAGGCACGUGGAGGAUGCGCGUGCACAGGCCGUUACGCUCACCAUCUGAUGGGAAUUGACCGAGAACUCGCCAAGGAAUACGAAAGCAUCCUCUUGGAAGGACAACGGAACGGAAUCGAAGAGACCACCGCGGAGGGCCUAAGACCAGGCUUCGCCAGGCUGUCCUUCCCGUACUUCAUGAGCGAGGCGGAGGUUGCCUUCGUGCUGGAAGCUCUCAAGAUGGUAGCCACCGAAGGCUGGAAGCUGUUACCGCAGUACGUGCUGAAUCCCGACACCGGCGAGUGGCGGCACCACACCAACAGCGUCUUCAAGGAGCGCAAGUGGCUCGGCUCGAUCAGAUACACGGACGGACGGAUGAACGCAACGGAGAGACGAGCCUCCGGCGCCGGUGUCUUCCCGCAGACCUACGGCGACUGCCUGCAGACCGCCCGGAACAUCUUCAACCGCGCCCGCAAAAUGGCGCAGCGUUAUCCGCUGCAGAUCGACAGGAGCUUCAACUUCAUGUGCGAGCGCAUGGAAGCGCUGCGCUGGUUCAUUCUGCCGAGCGAGGCGCAGGAUCUUCUCCUGGGUAAUUCGCAGAACGUCAAGCAGGACGUGCCGUUCAAUCCGCUGCUGGCCUGGAACAAGUACAGCCACACGAGCACCGCCGCCACCACCUGCCACGACAGUCUGGUGAACUGUCUGACGAUGACGAACGGCAUGAGACGGCUGAACAGCGACAUUCCGCGCACGGGCAAUUCGCCCAUCUCGACGAUCUCGCCGCGGCAUCGGAGCCUGCCGGCGCUGAGCACGGUUCGGCGAACCCUGAUGGCGACCACGGCCGAACUGAGCCAACCGUCGUCGUCGAGCAACAGCGAGGAGGAGAGCCCGAAUCAAAGUGAAUACAACAAUUUCUCUGGCGGACACCGAUCACCCGCCACGUGUCCGAACUCGCCGAUGCCGGUCAGAUUCGCGGUGGGCGAGGCCGUCACCACCUCGGUUCUGGGAUCGAUAUCUCGCACGGCCGCCCGACCGACGAAGGAGCAGAGGGAGCUGAUGGAGGCGACCAAUGCUGGACGCACGAGAUGCAACUCUCUGGGUAGCACCACCGACGGAUGCAACGUGCAGGGAACUCGCGUCGGUGCCGCGACGGCGUCCUCGCCGAUCCCGGCGCUUCCACUGAGCCCGCAAACUCUGACCAGCUUGGGACUGAGCACGUCGAACGGCACGUCGAGGCACAGAACACGGCUUCACUGCAGCUGCAGCAGUCAGACGGAGUUGAACUCCCUGGAAUUGGAUUCCGCUGCCAGCCCGAGUCACUCGAUCUCUUCCUUGAAUUAUAAUCAUAAUCCGGCGUCGCCGCCGUCCUCGUACUCGUCGACCGGCGAUUUUGCCGAGAGGAUGGUGAGCGGUGGCAGAUCGUCGCCUAUCUCGACGAACAUGGGCCAGGACGAUCUGAGCGCGUAUGUGAAGGAGAUGACCAAGGAAUUAGCGACAGAGAUCAAAUCGGAGAUCCGCGAGGUGAUUUCCAAAGUGGACGACGCUUUGUCCGAGACAAACACGUCCGAGAACACCCCGCAGCAUCACUCGCGGGCUCAGAGUAUAGCUAAUCAAACAUUAUAUGUGGAGGACAAGCAAUCGAGGCACGAUUCAUUCACGGCCAGCGACAUCGCCGAGUAUUUAAUGGAAUUCUCAAAGGAAAUGGCGAGCGAAGUGAAAUCCGAGAUAAGAUGCAUGGUGAACGCCGUUGACGGCCUUCACAGGUAUUCGCCAGACGCAUCCACUUCGGACGUUUCCUCGAGCGGAUGCGGUUCGCCCGAUCGUGGAAGAAUCGUGCUGCCCUCGUCGGCGUCCCCGCGUUUAUCGAGCUCUAGAAAAAGCGGAUCGAUCGAGAUCACCAGCAAGGUCGGCGAGCUGUCGCAGCAGGAGAGCAAAAUGUCGAGCGAGUGCUCCUCGGACGAGACGGUGAUUUACGUGAUGAAGCCGUCCGAGAACGAUCAGAUCGUGCGCACUCGUACGAAGACCGAGGACGAGGAGGUGGAGAACGACGUGGACGAUUACGUGGACGACGAUUCGCAGGAGGGACGCGGCGGCCUCGACAUCGGCGACGCCCGGAAGGUCCUGCCGAAGAUCUACUCGGCCGUGAACUCGGUCAGCUCCCAGGACAGCGGCAUAAACAUGUCUUUUCAAGAGAGCGACAAGUCGAUAGACUCGCUGGACCUGAAACGCAGCAGCAGCGCCGAGUCGAACUCCGCCCACAACCACGGGCGAAAGCCCAGGACGAUGUCGAUGAUGAGUCUGUCGACCAAGUGCGGCGGCAAGCAGCAAGCGCGUCAGAACGACAAUCUCUCGGAGGACGAGGAGUGCACGGGCGAUCUGCGAGAGGAGGAGGGCGACGGCCAGGAGAAUAAUUUUGACGACGAGUCCAGACUCGAGUUCCCGCGUACACACUGGCACUGCCCGCCGAAGAAUAUCUGGAAGCCCUCGGUGGAGGCUAUGCAAGAAUUCGACAUGAUUCGGGACAACGACAAGGUCUUAGUCUGCCUGUCGGCGAUCGGCAAGGACUCGCUCUCUCUCCUGCACACUUUACAUCAAUACAGAUUUUAUGUCAGAUCGAAGGGGAUCGACUUCGAGAUCGGUGCGGCCACCAUCGACGCGGGUGGCUCCGAUCCCAUGGAACUGAUGAGUUAUCUGAAGACCCUGGAGAUUCCCUACUUUUACGAGGAACAGGUGACCGAUUCGAUUAGCGUCAACGUCGACAAUCCGUUGGACGCUAGCGUUGCCAGCGGAACCUGCAGUUUCUGCGACAAGUCGGUUAGGACGCAAUUGUACUCUUUGGCGAAACGGAACGGAUAUAACGUGCUGGCGCUCGGUCAACACUUGGACGAUCUCACAGAGAGCUUCCUCAUCUCGGUACUACACGGUGGCGUGUUGAAAACCAUGAAGGCUCACUACUACAUACGUCGAGAGGAUCUCAGGGUUGUCAGACCGUUCAUCUACGUGCGAGAGAAGGCACUGAGGCAGUUCGCCGAGAGCAAGAAGCUGCCUAUCUCGCAGAAUUCGCGAACUUUGUCUGAGAAACAAAGCAGAAGGAAGGAAUUGAUGCUCCAACAGGAACGCGCGUAUCCGCGACUGCACUGGUCCGUGCGCACGGCUCUGCGGCCCCUGAUAACCGCCCACAGACAACUUACUGCCUUCGACUUGGCCUGCGGCAACGGCAACGGCGGUAGCAGUCCAAGCGGCAGCACCAGCAGCAGCAUAAGCAGCACCUGCAGCAACAACAGCGGCGUCAGCAACGCCAGCAGUCAGCAGAAACGACACCGGCGGACCAAGACGAAUCCCUUGGCGAGCGCCGCCUCGUCCCAGCAAACCGACGAGAACGACGAGACCGACGAGGAACCCGUGCUCUGAGGAGGGCCCAUCGCGAGAUGGGAUCCCAAUCGUCCCGCGGUCCCAUCCUCGCGUCUCCGUCGCCGGCGUCCGACGUCGACGUUCGCUCUCGUUAGACGACGACGAUUGCGCUUCGCGGCCGCAGGCGCCGCCGUUGCCAGGACGAACGAGCAUCAGAGAUGCGCCGAGAACGGCAACUGAGCGACGCUAGCGAGCGGCAUUUAAAUGCAGAAGACUUCGCAAGGGGGAGAGAGAGAGAGAAAUCUCUCGGAGAAUUGCUCGUGUCUCUGAACUGACGUUACUCGCGAGUGUAUCUAUUGCUCGUCUCAUUUCAGCGGGAUACGCGAUGCGUCUUGAAUAGUUCCCCGGGUGACACCGCGUCGCAGUGAAUAAUUGCCGACUACUCGACUCGGAAACUGUGUGACUAUUAUCGAGUCGUCGUGACGAUCUCGGGCACGAGAAAAGUUGCUUUCUAUAGUUCGAUGGACGUUCUUGAAGGCGCGAAUAAGACGCGGUCGGCAGAAUGCUUACCUACUUUAAGGGACGAUGUAAGUUCUCUCAGCGUAAAGUUUUCUGAGCUUACGACGGAAUGUUUGAUUGUGAAUAGUUUAUAGGUAGCUGACUGCGCGCGAUUGGCUGUUUUUGCGCGAAGACGCGGCAUAAUUGAUAAAUUGAUCGACGAGCUGACGGGCAGCAGCAGCAGCAUGAUCGACGGUGUUGCAUCACGCCGUUGCAUUGUAUCCCGUCGAUCGUACUACAGAUUAUAUCGUCGGCCACGGAAUGGUUAAACGGAUCCCGUCGCCGACACGCGUAUACGAUUAAGGGACGCGAUACGCUUGAGAGACGCGAUAAGCGAUAGCUGCUUUAAACACUGACACAGAUAUUAUGUGUUACGAUAUAUCUUAGAGAAGAAGUCAUGCGGCGAGGGAAACGGAAAAAAAUAAUUUUACGAGCAAGCCAAAAACCUCGCGAGGUAAGAUCGAGGUCGCGAAAAUAUAUACCUUUUUUUUUUAUACAUAUACAAUUGUACUUUUCAUUUGAUAUACUGCCUUUAAUGUGGCUCACGAUCGUUGAGCCGGCGAUCGAGAGGUUUUGUAUGCGAUCAAGGCCAUCUCGAUUUCGAGUCCUUUUCUACGCGUUUUUCAACUUUCGACUUCCCCGACAAUACGACUUGACGACAGGCCCAUUUCUUUGCGGUCAAAUAAAUGCGUCUCUCGGAUAAGUCCUGUCGGGAACGUCUCUCUCUUGGGCGGUUGACGAAACGACUGCGCGAUUAUUCGUUAUUCGUUGCAUUCGGUUGAAAUCCGCUUUCCGGAUUCGUAGAAGCUUGAUCGAACGUUUUUUCGUUUCGAGAGGACCACACACAUCGAGAGGUAAAAGGCUGCGACACGAAACUCUCACCUGCAUGAACUUCUACUUCGAGAGAAAGGGGAGGGCACCCACACGCACGCACACGGCGCGUAAAAAGGAUUUGACGCUUCUCGCGGAUAUAGAGCGUAUCAAGACGGAUUUGUGCGAGACUGUCUAAAUAUUCCCAAGUAAGACACACACACAUUUAUAGCGCCCGUCGAGACGUCUGAGAAGUAGUAACGUCUUGUUUUUUUCCCGCAUUGAUGGGAUAAGUGCGAGAGAGGCUUGUAACAGAACAUUAAUUUAAGGAUUUGUUGGAAGGAACAAAGUUUUUCGUUUCUGUCCGACAAAAUAUUUGUGCAUGAAUGGCGAUAUCCGUUAAUUCAAGCUACAAAAAAAAAAACGAGGGCUAUUUCUUAACUGGCAUUGUCGAAAAUCACGGUAAUACCAUAAAGUAAGCUGCGCUCUUUUUCACCGUAACUUUGUUUAUGCAGUUCGAUCUCUAUGCUGUGAUCGAUAAGUUUAAUUUCGAUACAAAGAGAACGAUGUCGGAUGAUGAACGAGUUGCAGAUAAAAAGUCCGAUCACGAAUUGCCGAUUUAUUUAAGUAAUAAUGAUGAAUCAUUGUGGGGACGGGAAUGAUGAAAAAAAAAGUAAAUUAAAAAAAUAAAAAUUGUUCUGGUAGAGUAAAAAUGCCAAUUUUCGAUGACGAAAGAUCAAAUUAUAUUUUGCCACACAUCGAAGAUGUAUAAAAUUUUUUUCUAAUCUUUUAUCUGAAGAUAAAACGAAGACUCGAGAUCACACUACUACAAUCGCACUGUUAGUUACAUACAAUAAUCAAUUAAUUGUAGAUCCUUUUUUACAUUAUAAUUAUGCUUAUCAAAGAUAGGCAGAGCGAUGAAAUCAAAUUAAUUCCGGAUUAAUUCCGCUAAUCAUUGAUACACACCGUGGCUUUGAUCGUGCAACGAAGUACGUAAUGUUGUACAGAGAGGAUUCUCGUAAGGAUUUUUUUGUAAGAUAUUUUAGAUUUAUAAUAAAUAGAUAAAGAAAAAGACGGGGGAUAGAUGAUGUUACGGUGAAGAGAGGUGGCGCGCGCAAUUGGACCACGUAAAGGCCAGUUGACGAUCAGCCGGAUGGCAUAAGGGAAUGUAAAAAGAAAAAGAGGACAGUCCGAGAGGGAAAACCAAUCGGAAAAUUUGCGAAAGGACGUCCGGUAACAAUAUGUAGCCAAUAGGUACCGAUCGCUAUUACGAUACUUGUAGCAGCAGCGGUCUUAUGUUGUUCACUUCUUCUCUCAUGUUUGGCUGUUGUAUCGCUCGCUAAUCGUUAGUACUGUAAGUAACGUUUAAGACUUGUACGUAGAUCGCAUGUGAAACAACGUACGCAACGUAGACGAUGAUCAUUAUUAAGAUAUUACGCUAUGUACGUACCGUUUGGCAACGUACUGAUUUUUUUAAAAGUGUUCGUUCGUUCGUUCAUUCAUUCGUUCGUCGUUGAGUCGAGGAUGCGAGAGGCGGAAUUUAAACAACCAAAUGCGGCAAGCGAGAUGGAAGUUUUGAUCUACACGAUAUCUUCGCGAAUAGAUAUUCUCAUAUUUUCCGAGAGUUACGAAUGGGACAUUGUUACUGUAAAGAUAUGUAAGUUUAUUUAUCGCUAAUAAAAAUGAACGUUGAAGAAAAAAAAUGGAGAAAAAAAUGAA